CGACAGCACUGUAGCGACUAGGAGGAGUGAUCAACCAUUCUUUCUCGGGAAAGAAAAAUAUACUACAAGGUGCAAAAACAGGACACGAUCAAAAAGCGUAAAGGCAGUCUCAAGAAGAAAAAACAUGAAUGAAUGUGGAGGGCGGAGCCUGGGAAAACCCCUCUGCAACGCUGUACUGAACAAAGCGCUUCGCAUGCCAGAAGGAGGGGGGAAUGGAAGUGCCAGCUCCGGAAGGAGCCUGGAGUGGAUGCGGAGAGCCAGAGGAGGCGGAGGACAGAGCAGGCGAGCGCGGCAGCCUUGAGACUCCUCCUCGCGCCAGCCUCACCGCCGCCCCCUCCCCUCUCAAGCCGCAACUCCUGCUGGAGCCCGACCCCGCGGCGAGCCCGAGCCGCCCCGCGCCCCUGCCCACCGCCCCCGAUCCACCAGCGGCGGGCGCGCGCCCUACCCGGAGAGAAACUACCCAGGUGGCCCGGAGUAAACAGGCACCCCGGGCAAAGAACGAAAGGGAAAGCGAGCCACAAAGCCGGGAGGUGCGGAAGCCGCGGCCUGGUCUCCCGCAGCCCCGCCGAGCCCUGCUGCGAGAAGCGGCGGUGGCGACCGGGAGGCCGGCCCUCCGUACCUGCUGGACUCGCAGGACCGCAGCUCCCGCCGCCCGUGCGGCCAGGACCCGGCGAAGUGGCAAGCGGCUCCCGCACGCAGCAUCCCCUCCGCAAGCUCAAGCUGGAUAUGUAUUUUGUAUUAAGUUUCCAGUCUCGGAAUCAUCACUAAGGAAAGAUGUUUUGAAAAUCAGAAAUAGAACAGGUUAGUAAUAAAGGAAAGGCACGGUCUCUCAUUCAUCCUCUCUGGCACAUGCCCUUAAUGACAGCGCCAGGCUGUGUUCAGGCCUUGCCCUCUGGGAGUUUACAAAUUAAUGGAGACAGCACUAACACAUGGAAAACUACCUGGAGGGAGAAUAGAUACAAGCCACAGCUUAUAAACAGAGCCAAUUACAGUUACUCUGAGUUAUUUAUAUGACUGCUGAGCGAUCUUUGGGUGGAGGGAAAGUCUAUCCAAAAGAAAGUUCCAGAAGAGGGUGAGUCCUCCGUAGAGCUUU